AUGGGUGGUGGUCGUGGUAUUCGAUCUGUUGUGUAUUAUGUCAACUGGGCACCCUACGGACGAAAUCAUCAUCCUUUCGAUCUUGCCCCCCAAAAUUUGACCCACGUCCUGUACUCAUUUGCAAACGUCCGUCCUGAGAGUGGAGAGGUCUAUCUUACCGAUCCCUGGUCUGACACGGACAAACACUACGACGGUGACCGGUGGGAUGACGCUGGCACUAAUGUCUAUGGCUGUGUCAAGCAAUUGUUCCUGCAGAAGAAGAAGAACCGUAACCUCAAGGUCUUGCUGAGUAUUGGUGGCUGGACCUAUUCUUCCAAUUUUGCCCAGCCUGCCAGCACCGAUGCUGGACGGAAGCGAUUCGCUGAAAGCUCUGUCCACUUGUUGGAAGACUUGGGAUUUGACGGCAUCGACAUCGACUGGGAGUACCCAAAAACCGAGGCCGAAGCCGAUGAUCUUGUUCGAUUGCUGCUCGAGACCAGACGGGCUCUAGACCACGCCGCCUCAAAACGCCAGCAACCUACCAGAUUCUACCUCACAGUCGCUUGCCCGGCAGGCCCAUCCAAUUUUCAAAAGCUCAAGAUCCCCGAAAUGGACCGACUGCUUGACUUCUGGAACCUGAUGGCUUAUGAUUAUGCUGGGUCUUGGGAUCAGCGUGCUGGACACCAGGCAAACCUGUUUCCGUCCUUGACCAACCCUGAGACUACUCCGUUCAGCACCAUCGCCGCCGUUGAGCAUUACACCAGACACGGUGUUCAUCCAUCGAAACUGGUGCUGGGAAUGCCGCUAUAUGGACGCACAUUUUUAGCCACGCAGGGUCCUGGACAACCAUACAGCGGGGUGGGAGAGGGAAGCUGGGAGCAAGGAGUAUGGGACUAUAAAGCUUUACCCAAGCCCGAGAGCACCGAACAUCACGACCCCAACAUUGGUGCCAGUUGGAGUUACUCCUCUGCUAGUCAAACCAUGAUCAGCUAUGACACCCCAGCGGUUGUGGAACAGAAGGCUGCUUUUGUGCGGGAUUACGGUCUUGGUGGUGGUAUGUGGUGGGAAUCUUCGGCAGACAAACCCGUUGAUGGAGGGAGCCUCAUCCAAAUCUUCUUGAACCAUGCUGGAGGAUCUGUGCAAUUGGACGAGACGCCCAAUUGUCUUGACUAUCCUGAGACCAAGUACGACAAUUUGCGGAACAAGUUUGAGUGAUCAGAUGCAGUGCAGCGAAGAAACACAACCGAGAGCAAUUGGGGCUACUGUGGUGCCCACUAUCAAUCAGUCAGAACCUCGCCGAAAACAACCAUCUUUGUCAUGGACAUUCCACGAGAGGACAGAUCAUAUCUGGUAGAUCAAGUCGUUCGGCUAUGUGGCCAAAUGGGGUAUUCAUUCCGUAGAGGCAUCAUACGAGUACUCCGUAGGUACGUUGAUGAACCUGGGGCUUCGUCUCACUUUGAGUCCACCUGAUUGACCUACAGACAAGAAGAGAUUGCAAGUGUGCCACUUCGAACUCUAUGUACAGCACUAUGCAAACAGUGUAGACAGUGCUGGAACAAUACUACUGUUUUCAAUCCUCGCCAUGAUCUUCUCGGCGGG